CUAUAUCUGGUCUCCCACAGACCCUGCAUUCACUAUAUCUGGUCUCCCACAGUACACAAAAACAUGAAAUGUAAUUAUUUUAGUAAUUAUAAACUGCUAAAUACCUUUUCUCAUCAGCAGUCAGGGCAGUCUUGUGACUUCUAUCAGUGUCCAGCAGAGAACUGGGUAAAGUUCGUAGGAGUUUUCAUUUUCCCAUAUGAGUCUGCAGAACCCCUGCCCCUCUGUCUGGACAGUGCUGAUUGACCCUAUGCUGAUCACAUGCACUCUACCAAGAAGAAAAAAAAAAACUCACUAGCAAUACACACCAAACUGAGCAU